AAAUAAUUUGUAAAAUUCUUUUAUUUACAUUAUCUGGCAAUUUUCUAGCACAAUCAUAACAACUAACUUUAUAACUAAUAAAGUACCUACAUUUUUUUUAAUUUUCUACAAUACCCUCUUAAUCUCAUUUUCAUAUUGUGUUUUUAGUUUUUACCCCAUCUAAUCACAUCAGAUUCCCCUAGUAAAAGAAAAUCACAUUAGAUCAGAUUCAUUUAGAUUCCAGGGUCUCACUUGCUACUUGCCAAAAGGUAAUUUUUAUAUGGGAACACACCUAUGAAUAAGAUACAAAGAGAAAGACAUCUGCCCCCAUUACUCAAUAGUAUUUACUGUCGAGUUUCAAAAAAAAAAAAAAAAAGUAUUUACUGUCAUUACUGAAUAGGUAGGUAAGGCGAACAAAGAAGAAACAAAUAAUUGGUUGGAAAUGUAAUAAAUUCAUACCUGAAAAAACAAAUAAUUCAUUUCCGGGAUACGAUAUGGCUUUUCCUAUUUCCUAAUCAUUUCGUAUUAUUAUUUUUCCAUCGCCCGUCUCCUCUUUGCUUUGCUCCUCUUCCCUUCUCUCAUCACUUCCUUGUUCACCCCAACCAGCUCCUCUCUCUUCUAUAUUAUAUUAACAAAAUAUUUUAAAAACAGAAAAAAAAAGGGAAUCCACUUCGUGUUCCUCUCUGUGUUUUGGAGCUCAAUUCGGUCUCUCUUUUGUUCUCUCCUGCAAAAUCUUAUUUUAGCGAAAGAAAAUACAGGAAAUGGAAGAAAAAUCCAUCCUCCUUGUCUAGGGUUUUUUUCGAUUCGAUCUUCUGUCUGCUUUCUUUGAUUCAUCCUCCUCGCUAUCAAUAUCCAGUCCCUUCCCUUCCCUUCUCGUCGUCGUCUUCUUCUGAGUGAAUCGCUGAAGAGAGGACGAACACCUACUCUUGCUGCUUUUUUAUUAUCCCUGAUGGAUGAGAGCUUGCUCUGAUAACUUUCAGGUACGUCGGUGGUUGCUGCUCCGGAGGUGUUAUUCCAGCUUCUUGCAUGGUGUCAUAAAUUGUGGUUUAUGAUUCCAGGAUCAAUUUUGCAGUUAGCCGAUGUGAGAAUUAUGGACAGAGACACUGAGACUUUACUAGUGGAUUGGUUCAUUGGGCGUUUUUUUCAUUUUGCUACCCUUUCUUUAUCGGAAAAUUGAGCCUGAUCUUGCUGUUAUUGCGUAUGUUGAACUUGGGAGGUGAAGUAGGUAGAUGUCAGAGUUGGUGUCUUUUUUGGGAAUAAAUGCAGCUUUAGUUUGUAUAAGGAGCAAUCUGGUAUCUUGGUUGAUAGUGUUCAUGGGGUUCCUAGUGUUGAGGGUGUGUGGGAUCAGAAUAGGUUGCUGAGUGAUACUUGCUUGAGAGGUGGGAGAAUUUAGAGGAAGUGAGGAACCUGUGAUUUUUACCUUCUGAAUGUUGGGAGGCAGGUUUAUAUGCUUCUUUUGGCUACUUUCUAGCACGUCCUGAAUUAGUAUGUUUUCGGACGAAACCUAUUCACUUACAUUCUGGUUGAUGAGGGAUUCUUUUGCAAUACUGUAGGCAGUCGGUUUCAUAUCAAGCAUCAUCUGCAAGGUUUAUUUUUCUCACGCAUCGGAAGUUUCUUUAUUGGGAAUUGGAGCUUUUGAACGUAUGUGCGGUAGCAGAUUGCUGAAUAUAAUGGAGCACGGUUAGUACUUGGUACGAGGUACUUUCUCAGAGGUAGUUUGAGGCUCUAUAUUUGGCUUUAUGUCAAUAGCUGAUUGUAUGGCAAUAUUGUGUCUUUCAUGACGCUGUUCAUUUGUGAGGUUAACUUUUCUGCAAUUUCAUUUAUGCUUGCUCGUUCAGUUUUUUCGCUGGUUGCAUGAGUGGUAUAUAUUUACUGGGGGACUCUGACUGGAGAUGUUGCAGCGCUUAUUUUUCGAUAUGACCUUCAACUUGUGUUUCUGAUUACCUUACCCUAUCAUGUUGUAUAAAAUGGUUGCCCUCUGAUCAAUCUUUGUUAAUGUCAUGCUUUGAAAGUGAAAAUAGUGGUGUAGAUGGUUCAGCAGGAAUGCUAUGGGAUUCUAUCAGUUAAAUAAGAUGUUAUUGGCAAUAUUGGAAAAUGCUAUGUUUAUUUUUUCUACCAUGCCCAUCCCUCGUCUCUAAAUUUACAAGUAUGAAACUGAUUUCAUCCUGAUUGGUAUUGGUUCAUCUGAUUAUCUCUCCAGGAUCUUUGAUAAAUUUAUAUUGGGAGAAAGGUACUGCAGUUGGUGGUAACUGUUGGACAGGAAAACAUAUUUUCAGCCAUGCCUUCUCUCCAGCUAUUAAAAUUUACGGAGCAUGGCCGAGACCUUCUGGCUUCCAGAAGGUAUUUUACUCUGCUGCUUUUAUUUAGUUCUCUCUGCCUGCCUCCCCGGGAAAGCUGGAAUAUGUCUGGCACUUAUGAUUCUUGCCAAAUUGUCAUGUGCUUGCUUCGUGUGGGAAGUAUAUUGGCAUUCAUAUUUGCUGUCUUCAUCUUAUCAUCCAUUACAAGGUACUGAUUGAAGAGGGAACUUAAAGGACUCAAUGUAGAAGCAAAUUAACUCAGUGGUCGUUUGAUGAGGAAUUCUAACGGAUCAAUUUGACCCAAUUGUUUUGUUUUGAGACAAUCUGGCCAAGUCGAUCCAUUUGGCAGCACAAAAUUUAGAUGAAGCAAUUCUGCACGGGGAAUUACAAAUUGACUCGUUUUGAGGCAAUUACAAUUGUCUGGAGCGGGGCCAGACAAUUCAUAUUGACUCGUUUUAAGUGACUCAUUUUGUAAAAUGAGGCAAUUGGCCAUAUUGUCUCAUUUUUCAAUUGAUCAAUCCAAACGACCCCUCAUUUUCUCCUUUUGGCCCCUUUGGAUAAGCUUGGCAUGUUUUAGGGAAGUAGAUUGGCAUGGCCCCUGCAAUUGAAUUCAUUUUCUCGGUUUGAACUUUGAUUAAGGGGUUCAAUUUUGGUUGCUUUAACUUUAGUUCAACUGCAUUUCAAGUUAGCAUAUGCUACUUGGAUUAGGCUUUUGGAAUUGUCGUUGAUUUUUUUUUUUUUUUUUGGUGAUGUUCAGAAUUAAAAGAAUUCAUCUUCCCUAUUGAUACAGUGCUCCUUGAGAUAGGGAAAUAAUUUGGGAUCAUGUGUAACCGGAAUGAGUUGAAGUUCACUAGAUUUUGCAGGUUUUGUUCGUAACAUACUUAUGCUAGGUUUGAGAUGUUUUAGAUGUGUUUGGUUGUAAAAUGCUUCCCAGAGAGUGUUAAUAUGAAGGCUCAGUUCUUGGCUUUUGGGGGUGCUUGUAGAUUCAAAAGCUAAAACAAACACACUCGUGUGUUUGACCAAUCAAGGACCCCUGACACAAGAAAUUAUGGGUUGGAAGAUGUUUCCUGUUAUAGGCGAGCAAGGAGAAAUGACAGCAAAGUUGCCUCUCUGGAGACAACACCCUCCCCUUUCACUUUUAGGGUUUAGAUGAAUCUUGCCACUAGUUAUUUAUUUUUUGCUCAUGUUCCUUGAGCUUCUAAUGCUUGCAAAUUCAUCAAAUUUGAUCCUUUCCUUUCGGUCUCAUUCUCGUCCAUACAGGAAAUCUCUGUUGUUUGCUGCUGGUAUCUUGGUUGCUGGUGGAACUACUGCAUAUUUGCAGUCUCGUUCGAGGGUUAAAAAGUCCGAUUCAUUUGGUAAUUACAAUGGGCUCAACGAUGUUAAAGAAAAUUCAGAUAAGCUGCUUACAAAAGUCAAUAAUGCAAAGACGACCACGAAGCAAGGAGGUUUUAAAUCACUUAAAGUUCUAGCUGCUGUCCUUCUGUCUGAGAUGGGGAAAGUGGGAACAGCAGACCUCUUGGCUAUGAUAGCCAUUGCAGUAAGUCCUUUCUGUGCAUGUUUGCUUUGUUUGUUUCUGUUUGUGUUUCUUUCGAAGGUUUCCGUAUUUCUAAGUUGUUCUGGUUUUGUUUAUCUUGUAUAAACAUGUUAGGUGUGAAGACUUAUUUGUUUUGGGCAGCCACAUAGUUUCUUAAAGUAGUUGACGAAGAACUUUCUUUUCCUUUUUCUUUCCUCUUCUAUCCUUGAUUGCAGUUCCAUAUAUUCUCUUUAAGCACAAUAGUUUAUCAUUAUGACAUGUGCUAUUCCUGCAUUUUAUUUCUUGAAAUUGUGGAUCCAUAUUUGCAUAACCUCACUUGGGUUUCCUGGAACUUCCAUUUUGCUCAACAUUCCACGGUGUGUUAUGAUCUCAAGUUUAGUCAUUUUUGUGAAGCAGCACAUAUUCGUUACAAUUGAGGUUGCUCACCAUUAGAUUUGAGCAUGUCCAUUUUGACUAUCGAGUAUGUGGGUUCUUCUCAGGUGUUAAGGACUAGUUUGAGCAACAGACUUGCGAAAGUACAAGGAUUUCUGUUUCGUGCAGCUUUCCUCCGCCGUGUGCCAUUGUUUCUCCGACUAAUAUCAGAAAAUAUCUUACUCUGCUUCCUACUAUCAACCAUGCAUUCGACUUCAAAGUAUGUUACCGGGACAUUAAGCUUGUGUUUUAGAAAGAUACUGACAAAACUUAUCCAUACACAUUAUUUUGAGGUAUGUCCAGCUUUUGCUUGGUAAAAUAACAAGUUUCUUAUUCGAGUAAUUUUCAUUAAAUAUUUUCACAUAAUUGCUUUACUUCACUUUAUGAUUUUUCUGUUUUUCUGGUCUAUUCGUGCCUGUUUUCUGGCGUGUAUUUAAUUUGAUGCAAUAAGGCAAUUACUUCUAGGAUUGGGAGUUACUGACUCCAUAUAAGACAUUUGAUUUUCUGUUUACUCUGUGACGGGUUCCGAAUGUAUGUCUUUCAUCCUUUUCUGGGGUUUAUUAUAUCCAACAGAGAACUAGCAUUGUUACGUCCUGGUACUUCAGGUUUUGUUGAAGGCAUUCUGCUGCAUCUGGCUUUGAUCUAGGAUUGAUAAUCUUGUUACUAUGAUGAUACUACACAAUGUAUAGACACAUGUUGUUACUGUGCUUGGCAACCAUCAAUAAGAAUUAAGGUAACGAGUUCCAUGUAAGAAAGGAGGUCGAGAGGU